UGCUAUGCGAAAUGCCUUCAACCUUUUGUGGAAGCCAUGAGUCAGAUGCAGUUAAGGUUAUUCUCGGUAAGAGAAUUCGGUGAUUCAGUAUCUAUUCUUCCUCUCAACAUAUUCUUCGGUGGGAAACGAGGUGCGGAAAUUUCGAGUUUUUGUCAUUGCAUUAUAUCGCCAAGAACCCCUUCCAUUAUCAGAUCUGCAAGCGGGUGACCUUCUCCGCCUCGCAACUUUUUUUUCCUCCGCUCGGUCAACGUUGUCGCGAGCAUAGUUUACUCGGACGGAGCGGACCGGGGCUUACCGAGCACGUUUUCAUUCAAAGUUUAAAGACUCGGACCAUUCGCUCGAACUGUCUUAGAACACAGUCUUCUAUGGUCAAAACAGUUUGACUUGUUUCCGCUGACAGGUUGAGUGGGCGCUGCAAUUCAGCUCGCCCGAGAAACAAGACCGGCAAAAGAAAUAGCAGGACUACAACCAUCGCAAAAAUGACGGUCGAGGGACCUCAGGCUGCCGUCGGCACAAGCAAGGAUUUCCCUUCUGAAGAUGUCUAUGAGCCACCACAGGCUCUCUCAGAAACCACGGACAUGGACGACCUCGAGCCAGAAGAGUUCAGUGUCGAGAACAUUGAAAGAGUCUAUAGAAAACUGGACCGGCGCAUUAUCCCCGCAUUCUGGGUUCUUUACUUCAUGUGCUCCGCCAUCCGCUCAAACGUUGGUCUGGCGCAAACAAUGAACGCAGACUCUGGUCAUACCCUUGCCAAGGUGUUGCAUCUGACUCCCCACCAGAUCUCGACUGGGUUGGCCUUGUUCUACGUUUGCUAUGUUGUGUUUGAUCUGCCGUCGAAUCUGAUCAUGACCCGUCUUAGUCCCCACGUGUGGAUGAGCCGUAUCGUAAUUAGUGUUGGGUUGAUAGGUACCUGCAUGGUGGCGAUGAAAGCAGCCUGGAGCUUCUAUCUGCUUCGCGUGCUUCUCGGUAUUGUGGAGGCUGGCUUAUGGCCUGGCAUGACCUACUAUCUCACGCUCUUCUACCCGCCUUCGCGCAUUGGAAAGCGCAUUGGCCAGUACUUCACGGCUGCACAGGUCUCUGCGGCGGUUGUCGGUCUCGUAUCUGCUGGCUUCCAAGAGAUGGAUGGCGCGCAGGGCUACGUCGGAUUCCAGUGGAUGUUCCUGAUCUAUGGUGUUAUCACUAUUGCUUUGGGAUUCGCCCAGCUCUGGUGGCUCCCCGACCGGCCUGUUGCACCUGGUGCAUCCGAGCCAGAGCGUCCCCGGAUGAUGCGCUGGCUGCCACAAAGCCGGCCUGCUUUGACUGGCCGGGAUGCGGUGAUCCACUACCACGAUAUGAAACGCGUAUACCAUAACUCGAAGUGGACUUUGCGAGACCUGCUUCAUGUCUUUAUGGACUGGAGACUCUGGCCGCUGUUGGUCAUGUACUUUGGCGUUGUGGGGGUUGGUAUCGGUGUUCAGCUAUAUGCGAACGUGAUUAUCAAGGCGAUCAACCCGUCUCUGAAUGGAAUCGACCUCAGCUUGCUGACAGCCCCUAUCUGGAUUAUGGAUCUCAUCGCUAUUCUCCUUGUUACACCCUUCUCAGAUCGUUUCCACUGUCACCGCGCGCUCUUCUUCUCGAUCCCCGUUCUUCUUCAGAUUCUAGGCUUGCUGCUCACCAGCUAUGCCGGAACUGAAGAGAAUCCCUGGCCGCGGUACGGCGGUCUUCUGAUUGUCGGAUUUGGCCUUGGCCCAACUGUGCCCAUCACCAUGACGUGGACUGCAGAGAUCUUCCAACCACGCCAUGGAGAGGUCGGUGUAGCAGCCGCCUCUGCGGUCGUCUCAGGAUGGGGCAACCUGGGCAGUGUCCUGACUACGUACGCUCUGUACUCAGGAUGGAAGAGUGACUAUGAGGCUCCUGGACGGCAGAAGUACCGAAAAAGUAACUUGGUUAUGGUAGGGAUUCUGAUUGCCAGUAUCCUUGCUGCGAUUCUGAUGCAGAUUCUGCUUCGGUUGGUGGAUGGUCGUAAAAGCCAUGCUGAAGAGGAAGUUGAUGGUGCUGCUCGUCGUGAGGUCCAGCAGCGCGGCCUGCAGGGGCUGGGGUCUGGGGCCCGACGGUGGCUGGGCCGCGGCAAGGCUGACCGCAAGUAAACGUUAUUGAAGAAUGGCUCACUAAAAGACUGGUUUCAGGGCCAGUAUAAUCGCUUAGUUAAUGAUUUGCUCGUUAGGUUUCAAGAUGAAUUGGCUUAAUUAGAAGGAAUGAAUAGACGAAUAAAUGUGUGGAGCUUCAUUGCAUAUCAAAG